AAACAACCAAUCAUCCUCUUUCCUUGUUUCUCCCUAGCCAUCCAUGUCCACUUCUUCACUUCAAUUCCAUCACCAUGUACUCCCCUCUAACCCCUCCACCACCACAACCACCUCUCCUCCCUCACCACCACAUCCCUUCUCUCCUCUCUUCUACCACCAUCACCCGCCGCUCCCUCCUACUCUCCACCUCCCUCUCCACUCUCUCUCCACCUCGACCAACCCUUGACACCACUAUAACAGACCGUGUCUUUCUUGACUUCUCCAUCUGCUCCAAUUACUUCCGCCCCGACCGGACCCUCUCCGACACCUUCUCCACCCUCUGUACCGACUCAACACCCCUAGGCCGCCUAGUUCUUGGCCUCUAUGGCCAUUUGGUCCCUCUUACUGUCUCCAACUUCAAAACAAUGUGCACUUCAUACUCUUACAAGAACACUCUAGUCCAUAAAAUCUUUCCGGGUCAGUUUUUUCUUGCGGGCCGGCAAGGAAGGAGAGAAAAAGGAGAGGUGAAAGUGCCUCAAGAUUUGGCAAGAAAUAUCGAGAGUGUUGAUUCUAAGGCUUUUAAGCUAACACAUUCAGGACCUGGGAUUCUUUCUUUGUGUUUAUCAGAGAAUGAUGAUGAGGAUGAUAUUAAGCUUAAUCCUGAAUACAGGAAUGUUGAGUUCCUGAUUACUACUGGACCUGGUCCUUGCCCUCAGUUGGAUUACAAGAACAUUGUUUUUGGAGUGGUUCUUGAAGUAUGUAGCACCCUGUUGGUCCAAUCAGGGGUAGCUCAGCUGCCACUAUUGCCUCAGGUUCCCGGCCUGCCCCCGAUUCCACUACCUUUAAUUCCAGCUCUGCCCCCGAAUUCCAGGGCUACCUUUUCCUCCUUCACUACCCCAGAUUCCAGGCCUACCUUCAGUUCCAGGUCUGCCCCAGGUUCCAGGGCUACCUUUUCCUCCUUCACUACCCCAGAUUCCAGGGCUACCUUCAGUUCCAGGUCUGCCCCAGGUUCCAGGGCUACCUUUUCCUCCUUCACUACCCCAGAUUCCAGGCCUACCUUCAGUUCCAGGUCUGCCCCAGAUUCCGAGGCUGCCUCCAACUCCUCCACUACCCCAAAUUCCUGGAACUCUUGUAAACGUAAUUCAAUGCUUGACAUCAGUAGCCAAUGUACCAGGAUGUGUCGUGGAAAUCACACCUCUCCUUAAUGGUCAGUUAAGCACUGUAGGAUCAGCUUUUUGCAAAGCUUUUAAUUCAACAAAUGACAUUUGUAUUCAAAAAAUGCUUGCUUUAAAUCCACUGUUUCAUUCAUUGCUGAA